AUGGCCGACACGCCUUUGACUGAUGAAGCAUCGGCUGUUGAUGGCAGCAAAGAGGGUCAGCCGCCGUUUGGAGAGGAGCAUAUGAGCGGCAGACGCAUGAGUCAAGAUGAUUUUGAAACUGUUGGAAGUCUGGGAUAUGGCGGAUAUGGCGUCGUGCGGCUGGUUCGUUGGGCAGCUGAUAACAAGCUGUAUGCUAUGAAGUCCGUGGAUAAAUGGGCGCUCAUAGAGAGGAGGAAUACGGGAGAUCAGCGUGUGGUCCAAAGGUUGGCCGAUGAGCGCGACUUCUACGCCUCUGCUUCUCACGACUGUCCAUUCCUGGUCCAAUUCGUUGGUAGCUUCCAAUCGUCCAAGAGGUUCUAUUUUGUAUUGGAGUUCUGCAGUGGUGGGGAGUUGCUCGAGAGAGUAAGGGUACUGGUCGUACUGCCGUUGGAAGCCUUCAAGGUGUAUAUGGCUGAGCUGUGCAUAGCAGUGGAUUUCAUCCACAGCAAACAUCAUGCUAUUCAUAGGGAUAUCAAGCUGGAGAAUGUGCUCAUCGGCUCGGACGGUCAUGUGAGGCUCACUGAUUUCGGCUGUUGCAAGGCCAAUUUGAACCGCUUGGGUGGUGGUACUAACAGUGUCGUUGGAUUCUCGAUCAACAUCAUGCCGCCAGAAGUCAACGCUAUGAAUCAGCUGGACCAUAUAGCGUGUGCAUUGGGGCCGGUUCGGACACGGGAAGAGCUGCUACCAUUCCUCACUGAAUUGGUAGUAGUAGAGGGCACAUGGGUUGUGUCCUUUGGGAAGGUACUUAAUGCUGAUUUCAUGCAGUGGCUAGGCGGGGCGCAACACGGUCAGUGUUUGCUGAGACCACUGGAGGAGCUCGCCAAUUCCGAUGAUGAGCCGAGACGCGAGGAGGCUGUGAAGAGCCUUAUAAGCAUCGCUAAGGCCCUACCACUUAAUACACUGGAGACCUACUAUGUGCCGAUGUUGCGCAACAUGGCGGCUUCCGACUGGUUCUGUCAGCGAGCAGUAGCUGUCGCCCUCCUACCUGCUGUUGUAUCUCGCCUGUGUGCUCGGAAGAAAGGCUCAGGCGGAGGUAAGGUCAUCGGUGACCCGGUGGUGGUAUUGGUCGGUGUAGAUCCCCCACUGGCGUUGGAGUUGGUGAAUACACUCUUCACGAGCUUGGGGGCGGACGACUCUCCCAUGGUCCGACGGGCGGUUUUCCAAGUACUGGGUGACAUAGCAGCUGCGGUGUUCCCUGUGAGCGAUACUGUGAAUCAGCUUACUGAGUUGUUCAAGUGCCUGGCUAGAGACGAGCAAGAGUCCGUCCGUAUACUCACGGUGCCUGUGUGCAUCCAGCUCGGGAAGUGCCUCGCAGCGCAGCCUUAUGAAAUUGUUAAAGACCUGCUACCAUCGAUUCACUCCUGUGGGGAGGACCAGCAUUCGUGGAGGGUGCGCUACAUGGUGGCCGAUAAAAUUGAGGAUGUUAUAGAAGCAGUCCCUGAGAAGGUCCAUAUGCAGAUUUUCCCGCUGUUCAUGCGCCUUCUCGCCGAUCCUGAGCCGGAGGUACGUUGUGUAGCAUGCGACCGUCUAUGCCUAGUAGUCAAGCACAAGGCCGAUCGAGACAUGAUGGAGGAUCUCAGCGGGCCAAUGACGAAGCUCCUGCAUGAUCCUUCCGAUGCUGUAAGGGCUAGCUUUGGAGCAUCCCUUAUGAAAGUGGCAGCCGUAGUGGGACAGGACCUAACAGUAGAUUACCUUACAAAACACAUUCUAGCGGUAAUGAGAGACCAGAGUACGAACGUUCGGCUGGCUGUAGUUGAGAACUUAGGGGAGCUCAACACGGUGGUGUCCUUGGACCAUAUCUCAAAGAGUCUUCUCCCGACGAUAAUCGACUUGGCUUCUGAUAGGCAGUGGAGGGUUCGAAUGGCGAUUCUCCAGCAAACGCCUAAGCUAGCGACCACUCUUAGUGCCAAGACCUUUACUACUGAACUGCUAGCCACCGUCAUGCGCUGGCUGUGUGACCCGGUGUAUUCGGUCCGUGUGGCCGCGACGGAGAAUCUUGCUAAUCUAAGCGUCGCAAUGGGGACUUCCUGGGCAGUGGAGAAUAUAAUACCGCACUUGCAGGAACUGUCUAAGAAUUCAAACUAUUUGUAUCGGAUGACAGCUCUGAUGGGUGUGGUAUCGAUGGCCAACGUCCUCGACGAGAAGGCCUGUGCAGAGUUCCUUAUGCCGUUACCGAGGAAUUGA